CUGACAGAAACUGUGACCACGGCUGCUGGCGGACGCUGGAGAGGUCUGGUUUCCCGUCACAUCACUCAGAUCUCGCUGCAAUACGAGAUCUACAAACCCCGAGACCUCCGCAUCCUCAUCGUCACAAUGUCGGUACCGGCGCGGACGCGUGAGGCAGCAUCCACACUUCAAUUAUGCAGGAUCAUGGGGCCAAAUGAUGCCAACAUUGUUGGCAAUGUCCAUGGGGGCAUCAUCCUCAAGAUGAUCGAGGAGGCAGGAUGCAUCGUGAGCACGCGACACUGCAACACACAGAAUGGGGAUCGCGGUGUGGCUGCUCUAGUUCGGGUGGAGAAGACAGAGUUUCUGUCUCCUGUAUUCAUUGGCGAGGUCACCCAUGUCACCGCUGAGAUCACUUACACCUCGAAGCACUCACUGGAGGUGCAGGUCCAUGUCAUGGCGGAGAACAUCCUCACAGGGGCGAAAAAGCUGGCCAACAAGGCGGCACUGUGGUACGUCCCCUUCUCUCUGCAGAAUGUGGAGAAGAUCAUGGAGGUUCCUCCCAUCAAGUAUGCCACUGCAGAGCAAGAGGAGGAGGGGAAGAAGCGUUACGAGGCUCAGAAGCUGGAGAGACUGGAGACCAAGGCGAGGCUUGAAGAGGUGGUGCCUCCUCUUCCCAACCCAGAACGACACACAAUUGGCUUCAGUCAGUCCACUCUGAUCCAUUUGGUGGGCCCCUCUGACUGCACACUACAUGACUAUGUUCAAGGCGGUGUGACCAUGAAGCUGAUGGACGAGGUUGCUGGCAUUGUGGCAGCACGUCACUGCAACAGCAACAUUGUCACCGCCUCUGUGGAUGCCAUCAACUUCCAUCGCAAGAUCAAAAAAGGCUCUGUGGUGACGGUGACAGGGCGGUUCACAUUCGUCAGUAAUAAGUCAAUGGAAAUUGAAGUGUUUGUGGAUGCAGCGUCACUGAUGGAGGCAGAGAAAGGGAAAUACCGUGCGGUCUCUGCCUUCUUCACCUUCAUCUCCCUGGACAAACACAACAGGCCUCAGCCUGUCCCUCCUCUUAAGUUCAACGGGCAGGAGGAGGAGAGACGUGCAGAGGAAGGAAAAACGCGUUACCUCCACAGUAAAGCAAAGAGGCUUGCAGAAAGGGAGCGCCUAAUUGCUGAUGCUGACCAAAGUUAAACCCUGCACCAACAGUAUAACCAACACCACAUAUAGGGCUGGGCGAUAAUUCAAUAAUGAUAAUUACCGUGAUAUAAUUUUCUCAAUAUAAAUAUAACAAAUGUUGGAUAAAAAUUGGAUAUAAAAAAGACCUGUAAUUACACAACCCAAUCACUGGAAAGGGAGGGGGCGCUAAUGAGCCUUAAACGCUAGUUGCCACCUUACAUUAGACAGAAGAAGAAGAAGGCAUUGAACAGUCAAUCAGGUCUCAGGGUGAGAAGGAUCUACAAACUAAAACUUCACAAAAAUCCCAUCUUACACAAAAGACCUGCUUCCGUUUAGCACUGUCAGAAAUUAUGGAUUCAAGAAGCUUAUCAGAGAAGAAAACCAGAUACAAGCAAAGAAACAAACUGUCUGGCUUCUUCAACUUUCGCUCAGGACCAAAUAUCUGCCUUUAAAUUUAAAUGAAAUAAUGGUUUGAUACUUAUCUUGAUAAUUAUCGAUAUCUACUGGUAUAAAAUAUUUUAUCGUGAUAACAUCUUUUUCAAUAUCGCCCAGCUCUAACCACAUAUACAGUAUGAAAAAAAUGUCUCCUAUUCUGCAACUGUAGCCUCCUUUUUAGACUGUAACCUGUGACUAGUAUUUUUCUGUACAACACCAAAGUGUCCACAUUAAGCAGAAUAUGUGUGAAAUAAGCGUACAUAUUUUAUUUUGGUGAGAUUUGUAUUCCUGUUUGAAAACUGUCAAUGCAAGCAAGAAUUCUAUUUUAUUGUAGGAAUAUUUCUAAUGAUGAAGACUUCAUGAUUGGUGCAAAUGCAAAGUGAGAGUCUGAGUGCAAAAAUAUGAUGAAUAAGUGAGUGAUGAAUAAAGAUCCAAGUGUGAGUCUGGG